CAUUUGACAUUAUUCAGUUGGUCUGUCUAGCUCGGGCUUCUCCCGUCGGUCGGAUAAUAUAUUAUUAUGGUACGUGUUCCUGCUCCUGUGCAGAGUUGCCAGCACAAUCUUACACGGAGAUGAAGCGCAAAGCAGCGGACGAUAGUCUUGACGAUGAGCAGCCCGUCGUCUCGACACCUAAACGACAGAAGACGGCAGCAACCAAUGGCUAUGCGGAUGAAAAUCAGGCUCUCGCGGACGACGAGCUGGACGCGACGCCCUCGAAACGGGUGCGGAUGUCGGUGCAGAAAUCAAAAACUACGAACGGCCUCACUCCUUCAGGUCUAAAGACUCCUACCCACAAGUCCAAGGCCAAAUCGCUCUUCUCCACACCUACAAAAGGCACGCAAGUUGCUACACCGACCCGAGCGAGGAACGCUGACCGAUCAGCCAAGCGGAAAAGUGCGCGUGUCCUGUUCGAGCAGGACGACGAUGACAUCUGGGAUGGCGCUGAUCGACUGGCGGAGGAGAUCCUGGAAGACGAGAGCGAUGAGCUUGCCAACGGUGGUCAGAACGGAGAUGUAGUCGAGACUGUGGAAAAGGGAGGUGAUGAUGAUGCAAAGCAAGCCCAGAAACCUACAGAGACACCAAAACGUGGAAGAGGACGGCCGAAAGGCGCGAAGAAUAAGCGAUCCCCGACUCCUGAGGGAGAGCUGCCACCGCAUGAGCGAUAUUUCUUCCAAAACCGCGCUGGUCCUCCACGGACGUCGAAUAAUAACCUCUCGAAGGUGUCGUUGCUGACGCACGAAGAGUAUUUCGAGAAACUCGCACAGUAUGAAGACCCUCACAAGGAAGAAAAGGAGUUUCUGGUAGCCGUACAUCGUCGCUCGUUUCCUCAGUGGAACUUUGAGCUGAGUGAAGGCUUCAACAUCUGUCUUUACGGCUAUGGCUCCAAACGCGGCCUGGUCCAGCAGUUUGCGGAUUGGCUUUAUAAUCGAUAUCCAUCACCUCCCACCAUUGUGGUCGUUAAUGGGUACACCAGCGGUAUAUCCGUACGGACGAUCUUCGCGACUAUCGUUGGGGCGGUGAUGGGUGCCGACACUCCGUCUAAACUGGGUUCUCAGCCUGCUGAAGUGUUGGAUCUGCUACAAUCUGCACUCCAGUCUCGGCCACGAGACGCGCCCAUCGCUGUCCUGAUUAAUUCGAUUGACGCGCCUCCCCUUAGACGGGGGGCAAGCCAGGCACUCUUGGCGCGGCUGGCAGCUAUACCGUCGGUCCAUCUGCUAGCGACGGCCGAUACAAUGAACUUUGCCCUUAUGUGGGACAUUGGUGUUCGGGACCAAUUCAACUUUGUCUUCCACGAUUGCACGACCUUUACGCCGUAUGAGGCAGAAAUUAAUGUGGUAGACGAAGUGCACAGUCUUCUGGGUCGCAAGGGCCGCCGUAUCGGCGGCAAAGAAGGUGUAGGCUUCGUGUUGAAGAGUUUGCCCGAGAACGCGCGGAACCUCUACCGCGUACUGCUGACGGAGCUUUUGUCGACGAUGGGCGAUGGAGCCGUGUCGGACGAAGAAGACGACGGCGGUGAAGCACGAGCAAGAGGCGGCGCUCCCGGCGAGGAAAUAGGGAUUGAAUUCCGGACGCUAUAUCAGAAAGCAGCGGAGGAGUUCAUCGCUUCGUCCGAGAUGAUGUUCCGGACGCUGCUGAAAGAGUUCCAUGAUCACCAGAUGAUCACCUCGCGAAUGGACGGGAGUGGUACGGAGAUCUUGGGCGUGCCACUCUCGCGGGAGGAGAUGGAAGGUGUGCUGGAAGAUCUGGUGUUGGGUUAAUUCCGGAUUGCAUAUAAGAUACCCCUGUACGAAAGCUAUAGAUAUAGAAUUGAUGGAUUGCGCGUCCCAAAGAAAGAAACAAAGAAAAGAAAGAAAAAU